AUGGAGGAAAAUAUAGCUACUGAAGGCCAAACUUCAAAAGAAGAAGAAGAUCUACUACGUAGGAGUAAUAAGAGAAAUAAAGAUGGAGAUAUGGUGUUUACUGAACCACAGUCUAGGGUUCCUAGACAUGAAUCUUGGAUGGUUGACGACGGUAAUAAAAAGAUGACUUGGCGAGAGAUGCUCAUGCAACACAAUGGUGAAACAGAUGACUGGGAAGGAAUGGAUUGGAAUUUGGAAGAAAAUGUUGAUCAAAGUGCACCUGCAGAGGAAGAGGAUGUGAAUUAUGGUGGGAUUAAAAUGUGGACAGAGGAAGAUGGUAGAACUCAUUUUGGUUGUACUAGAAAAGCAAGAACAAGAAUGUUGAAGGUUUGGGAAAAAGCUCUCAUUGUAAAACUACUUGGAAGGAAUACAAGAGUGGCUUUCAUGAAAAAGAAGAUUGAAAUACUAUGGGCUAGAGCUGGAAAGACUAACGUUACAGAUGUAGGUAAUGGAUUCUAUGUGGUGCAAUUUAGCAACAAAGAUGAUCUUCUUUUUGCUCUAAAUGGUGGUCCUUGGAUUAUUUUAGGCCAUUAUUUAUCACUCCGACGUUGGGAGCCAGCUUUUAGACCAAAUGCUGCAAGUGUGAUGAAGAUUGCAGCUUGGGUGCGAUUACCAGGUAUCCCACUGGAGUAUUAUGAUGAAGCCUUUUUCCGCCGUAUUGGUAACUGGCUAGGUAAAAUGUUGAAGAUCGAUAAGACAACUAAUGAGCAUGUAAGAGGACAGUUUGCUCGAAUUUGCGUGGAACUGGAUCUUGCUCAGCCUUUGAAGGGUGAAUAUGUGUUGGACGGAGCAACUAAACAGAUAGAAUAUGAAGGUUUAGGCCUUAUUUGUUUCCAUUGUGGGCGCUAUGGACAUAGUAAAGAUUGUUGUCCUGAGAUACCAGUUGAAGGAAAGGAUAAUCAGCAAAAUCAAGACGGGAAAAAAGAUGAGGCUGAGUUUCAGAAAAAUGGAUUAGGUCCUUGGAUGGUGGUGCAACGUCAACGUCGAUCAAAAAUUCAAACUCCAAUGGCGGACAACAGGAAGCAGGAACCGCCGGUUAUGAUUGAUAAUCAAUCAAAUUCCCGUUACGCUGCUUUAAUGGGCUCUAAUGAAGAUGAUAUUACUCAUGAUAUCCCAGCGACUAAUCCGGAUGCUGUUAUAAAUGACGUCAAUAUGGUGGGCCCUCCUGUUAAUAUUAAUAUUAGUACAUCUCAAGGGUCCAAACACAGAAACCCUAGAAGCCGUCCUAAUGUUGAAUUACAGGAACACCCCAACCGAUUUACGUUAAGUGGGAUUACGACAGGUCAUGAAAAAGAAAAUCAAAUAAAUGGGAAGAUAGUUGACAGAGGUACCUCAAACAAUAAUACAACGAACUUGAGGAGGCAAGUUGCGAUUCAUAAUAGUAAGGACAUUGGAGGUAAAAGCGGUGGAGAUUCCAUGGUGGCUAGGAGUACUGUUGCUGAUUAUAACAAAGAUUGUUAUCAAAUGGAGGUGGAUAAGGAUGGUCAAAAUAUCAACGGCUUAGAUCAUGGCUUGUCCCAACCAAAAGCGCCUGAUCCAAGUAGAGAUAAAGGAAAGCAUAUCCCAAUAAACCAUAAGCUCAAUAUUAAGGUGGAGAUGAUUUCAGAAUCUGAAACUCAGCAUAAGAUUGAGGUGGCAGCUAUUCUUGAACCUCGAGUAAGUGGUUCAAAAGCAAAACAGAUAAUAAAAAAGCUGGGUUUUAAUAAUUCAAUAGUGGAGGAUGCUCAUGGAUUUACGGGAGAUCAUCAAGCUUUUCUUUAUACUGUUAUCUAUGCAAGUCCUAGAGAAGAAAUUCGGAAGAGACUUUGGGAUGAUUUACUUCAGUUAUCAGAAGAUAUCUCGGUUCCUUGGUUAAUUGCAGGUGAUUUUAAUGAAAUUUCCUUUCCAAGUGAGAAACGUGGUGGUGCUCCAGUUGAUACUAGCAGAUGUAAUAAAUUUGCUUCUCUUCUAACUGAUAUAAAGAUGAUUGAUCUUGAAGGAAUAGGUUCUAAAUUUACAUGGCGAGGACCAAGAUUUCUUCAUUUAGAUAGAGUCUUUAAACGUUUAGAUCGAGCUUGUAGCAAUGCUGAAUGGAGGUUGAUGUUUCAUGAAGGCCAGGUUCGAGUGCUUCCUCGUAUUAACAGUGACCAUAAUCCUAUCCUUAUUACCUUAGAGCCAAGCAAAGUUGAUGGGGUGGAACGCCCUUUCCGUUUUCAUUCUUUUUGGUUGGAUCAUCAAUUUUUUAACAAUUUCAUCAAGGAAAACUGGCGUCAGGAUCAAAGAACAGUUGAUAGUCUUCGUGAUUUCACUCCUCUUAUUAAGCAAUGGAAUAAAGAUGUGUUUGGUAAUAUCCAUCAUAAGAAGAACAGGUUGAUUGGUAGGCUUGAAGGUAUCCAGAGGGCAAUUUCUGAGCAGAAUAAAAGCCAUUUGGAAAAGAUUGAAGGCAAGAUAAAGGGUGAACUUGAACAAGUUUUAGAACAGGAGGAACUUUUGUGGUUUGAAAAGUCUCGUGCUACUUGGAUAGCUCAAGGAGAUAGGAAUACAAAGUACUAUCAUACGAAAACAAUUGUUAGACGUAGAAGGAGCAAGAUCUUGGAGUUGAAAGAUGAUGCUGGAAACUUGAUUAGAGAAGAUCACAACAUUGCACGGGUAAUAAAUGCUUACUUCUCUAAACUAUUUUCUAAAGAAAACCAUGAUCGUCCUUGGGUCCAGACUCUUUGGCCAAAGGUGGACGAUGAGACUGCUGUUAACUUAGGUGCUCCAAUUUCAAAAGAUGAAGUCAGACGAGCUUUCUUUUCUAUGAAAGAUUCGAAAGCUCCAGGGGAGGAUGGCUAUACCGCGGCAUUCUACAAAAAGAAUUGGGAAUUUAUUGGUGAACAGAUUUGGAGAGAUAUCAAGUAUUAUGCAGAAAACCCUUCCAGCAUUGAGGAAGUCAACGGUACUCUGAUCACUUUGAUCCCCAAAGUUCCUAAGCCAAUGUAUGUUUCUCAAUUCAGGCCUAUUUCUUUGUGUAAUGUCAUUUAUAAGGGUAUGAGCAAGAUCAUUGUGGAUAGGCUUAAGCUUACAAUGGAGAAUUUAGUUUCUCCUUACCAAGCUAGCUUCGUGCCAAAUCGUCAGCUUCAGGAUAAUAUUAUAGUAGCAAAGGAGCUGUUUCCUGAUUGGAUGAUUGGUGUUAUAAUGGCUUCUAUAAUUGCGGAAGCAGUUGCUGGAGAUAUAUUAAAGCAGACUAUGGAGUUAUCAAGGAUAGGAUACGUUCAAAACUGGAUGGUUGGAAAAGCCAUUGCCUUUCUUUUGCUGGUCGAAUGGGAAAUAGCAAAUGGUUCUGAAGUAAAGCUUUGGACUGAUAACUGGUUAGGAUGGGAGGAAAAUUUGCAGCAGUUGUCGAGCAAUCAGGUGUCGUGGAAGGAGAGUCAGAAAUCAAUUGCAGAUUACAUGGUGGAUGAUGGUUUCCGUCUUGAAGCUGUUCAUCAAUUUCUGGAGUCAGAUUUGGCUGAUGCAUGCGCAGCAGAACCAGUAAGUGGAGCGGAGGUUCAAAUGCUGUCCAGUUGUCCAAAUCAUGAGGAAACUAUUAUUCAUGUUCUUCGUGAUUGUAGACAUGCUAGGAAGAUUUGGCAAUCUUGGUUUACAG